ACCACGUAAAGGCUUUGCAGCUUUCGCGACGACAACCUGUGUCUAUAAAAAUUCUAUAAAAAAAAUAAUCUGUCAAAAUUUUGACUUGCACAUUUUGGCGGGAAAUGUUUUGUUGUUCGUCGUCCGAAAACGCGAAUGAAUAGUGUUGAGCUGCUGGAUUUGAAAGUUGACAAACUGUGGAACAACGUGGCUUCCUGUAUGGAGAAAUGGUUCGGUGAUAAACGGCUGUGGUUAUUUGGUAACAACCUGCCGCUAUUGCCGAGAAGAUCGCGCGCCUCAAGCCGCGCGAUGGAACGUUACGAGAAACUCGCCAAGCUCGGCGAGGGUUCAUAUGGCCUGGUCUACAAGUGCAGGAACCGGGACACCGGCGAGAUCGUCGCUAUCAAAAAGUUCGUGGAGAACGAAGACGAUCCGCUGAUCAGGAAAAUUGCGCUGCGGGAGAUUAGGAUGCUCAAGAAUCUGAAACACCCCAACCUGGUGAACCUCAUUGAAGUGUUCCGAAGAAAGCGCAAGCUGCAUUUAGUCUUCGAGUACUGUGACCACACUGUAUUGCAUGAGAUGGAAAAAUACCCAGCUGGCUGCCCCGAACUGCUCUCAAAGCAGAUCAUCUGGCAGACGCUGCAAGGCGUGGCGUACUGCCACCGGCACAACUGCAUCCACCGCGAUGUGAAGCCGGAGAACAUCCUGCUGACCAGCGACGGUGUGGUCAAGCUGUGCGACUUUGGCUUCGCUAGGAUGAUCAGUCCAGGCGAGAGCUAUACGGACUACGUGGCCACCAGGUGGUACAGAGCUCCAGAACUGUUGGUCGGCGACACCAUGUAUAGCACGCCUGUGGACGUUUGGGCUAUUGGGUGCGUGUUCGCGGAGCUGCUAUCCAGUGAAGCUUUAUGGCCGGGAAAGAGUGAUUUAGACCAAUUAUAUCUAAUUAGGAAGACUCUUGGAGAUCUGCUGCCACGGCAUAUGACGAUUUUCUCGCAAAACUCGUUUUUUCAGGGAUUGGCUUUACCAGAACCUACUAAUUUCGAGCCGCUAGAAAAGAAAAUACCACCACGAUACGCGAAUAAUGAACUGAUUUUAGACUUUUUGCAGAAAUGCCUGGACAAAGACCCCUUAAUGCGGUGGACGUGCGAACAACUCUUACGGCAUCCGAUCUUCGAGAACUUUCUAUUUACCUUACCUUCGUCUGACCAUGAUGAGUACGAGCGGAUCCGGAGGGCGCAGCAAAAUUUCAAUGAAAGAUCACGAGCGUUGUAUGAAGAGACAUCUACACACAUAUCUGAUAGCACUGCUUUGUCCAAGAAAAGUAAAGGGAAAUAAGGGCAUAUUUUGAGGUACCCUCAGGUACAAUCAUCGCCGCUGCUACCUCAGCUGAUUGUGAACGAGCGAUCCCAGCCCAAGAAGAAGACAGAGAUGGAGUCCCGAGGCCACCUCCCCACCAUAUGACUAGCACCGCGACGUUAAAUUAAAUGUUUAUUGCUA